CAGGCUUUGGAUUUCUAGGAACAUGGCUCAUGUAAGUAAAUACAGUUACUUAAUUUCUGCGGGGGUUUUGGUUUUCCUGUCUCUGUUUUGCUUGGCUAAUGGUGGAAAGCUGUUGGUGGUGCCAAUGGAUGGGAGUCACUGGCUCAGCAUGCGCUCACUGCUGGCAGCCCUCAGUCAGAAAGAGCACGAAAUUGUCAUUGUUGCACCAGAAGUAAACUUGAAUGUGAAGGCAUCUGAAUAUUACACUCUCAAAACGUAUCCAGUGCCUUUAACUAGGGAAGAACUGGGAGCAAGCAUGCAUUCAUUUGCGAAUGAUCUUUUUGAGAGAAGACCUUUUCUUCAAAGAAUUACUGCACUUUAUGAAAAAGUUCAAGUCAUCUCCGAUCUCUACAUUGCCUCCUGUAGCAGUUUACUGCACAAUAAGUAUCUGAUGCAAUAUCUUGAAGGGAGCAAAUUUGAUGCAGUUCUCACAGAUCCUGUUGUACCAUGUGGACAAAUACUGGCUCUGCAUCUCUCUAUCCCAUCUGUUUUCUUUUUACGGGGACUCCCCUGCAGUCUUGAUUUGCAGGCUACUCAGUGUCCUGACCCCCCUUCCUACGUCCCAAGAACAUUUACAGACAACUCAGACCACAUGACGUUUAUCCAGCGUGUGGAAAACUUAUUUCUCAAGUCAUCAGAAUCAUUUCUUUGCAAUUUUGCCUAUUUGCCAUUUGAACUUCUGGCCUCAGAUGUUCUUCACAGACCAGUAACAAUGAAGGAACUCUUAAGCCAUGGAUCCAUUUGGCUUAAAAGAAUGGAUUUUGUUUUUGAGUAUCCCAUGCCAGUGAUGCCCAACAUAGUUUUUAUUGGAGGUAUAAACUGUGGAAAGAAAAAAACAUUAUCUCAGGUCAGUGAUUUCCUUGAUGAAAUAUAUUAA